AUGGCCGCUCAGGUCGCUAGCGUCGCCACUCUCAACACUAGCCCGCCAUCCGAACUCAAAAAGCCGGAUCGGGACCCACAGGAGGAGUCGGUACCGGGAGAGAAACAGCAUGAAAAUAAGGAACCGGGACCUGACGGCGGAUCUCCCGGCCAGAAGGAGCUGCAGGACGGGGCCGACGCUGGAAAUGCUGGGGGAGGAGGGGAUCCUGACAUGAAGAACGGCAACGGGAAUCUGCCCAGGGUAAAUAAUAAUAGCAGUAACCAGAACGAUGCGGGCGGGCCCGAGGGGAAUAACCAUCCCGGAAUGGGACACCACCACCCGGGCCCCUUUCCUCCACCUCCUUACGGUUACAACCAGCACUACAGCCGGGCCUCUUUUCAUCAACAUGGCGGACAACAAAGCCCUGGCAUGGCAGCUGCGUCGGGGCCGGGCAUGAUGGACCCUUAUCCCCCUAAUUCACACGAACACGGCUACCCCAACCACUAUAACAACUACAGCCCGUUCCAGAACAGGACUUCCUAUCAGGGCCAAGGGUACGGGGCCAUGAAUUCCCCGCGAAACAACCAGCCUCCGGCGGCUGGGGGGCAGCCAGGCAAGCAACAGCCAGCAGGAGGAACCACCGCUAUGGCUGCCUCUUACAACAACCAGAGGUACAACAUGGGAAGCCAGCAGCCCACGUCCACGCCAACUUUAAAUCAGCUUUUGACAUCGCCCAGCUCCGCCAGGAGCUACCAGAAUUACCCGCAGGGAGACUAUAACAAUCAGGAAGGGGCCGGCAAGGGGCCGGGAGAUGUGGGCAGCAGUCAGUACGGUGGGGUCCAUCCGGGUUGGCCACAAAGGACCCUCCACCAGCCGCCCAUGAGCCCGGGAAACAGCGGACAGCCCGCCAACAGAAACCAGCCUCCUAGCCCAAUGGACCAGGUCGGGAAGAUGCGCGGGCAGUCGUACGGGGGACCCAACCCUUACUCACAGCAGCAGCAAGGGACCCCCACAGGGCCCGGACCCCAGCAGGCGGGCCCUUACCCGGGCCAGGGCUACGGACCUCCGGGCCCUCAGAGGUAUCCCAUGGCCAUGCAGAACCGAACACCUGGUGCUAUGGGCGGCAUGCAGUACGGCCAGCAGAUGUCAGCUUAUGGACAACAGGGGCCUGGUGGCUACAGCCAGCAAGGCCAGGGCUACUAUGGCCAGCACGGAGCCCCCCCCCACCCUGGCCAGCAACAGCCUCCGUACUCGGGGCAACCCCAGGGCACCUCCGGGGCGCCCUACCCCCAGCAGGGCCACCCCUCACAGCCGUCCGGCCAACACGGGCAGCCGGGACCCCCCUACCAACAGUCCCAAGGUCCACACGGUCCUCCUGCGGGUCAGCCCCCCUACAGCCAGUCCCCACAGUCUCAGCCGGGGCAGCCGCCCUACGCCCCUCCCCAGCAGCAGCAGCAGCAGCAGCCGCCUCAACAGCAGCAGCAGGGGCCGGGUCCCCAAAGUCAGCAGGGCCCUCAAGGCCAGCCAGGCUACCAACAACCCCCUGGACCGGGGCAGCCCCCGCAGCAGCAAACCCCGCAGCAGCAGCAACAGCCGCAGCAAGGACCCCCACAACAACAACAACAACAACAGCAGCAGCAGCAGCAACAACAACAACAGCAACAGCAGCAGCAGCCAGGAGGUCCACCUCCUCAAGCCCAGCAACCUCCGGGUCACGGCCAGCAGGGCCAACCGUCACCGUACUCCCAGACACCCCCCCUGCAGCAGCAGCAGCAGCAGCAGCAGCAGCCGCCACCACAACAACAACAACAACAACCACCGCAGCAACAGUCACCAUAUCAGAGGUUCCCGCCUCCACCACAGGAACUCUCCCAGGAUUCCUUUAGCUCCCAGUCCAGCGCUCCUCCUUCCAACCAGCCCAUGGCUUCCAACAAGAGCAGUCAAGAAGACAGCAUGCAGGGCCGGCCCUCCAGUCUGCCGGAUCUGUCCGGCUCCAUCGACGACCUGCCCACCGGGACGGAGGGCGCCCUGAGCCCCGGCGUCAGCACCUCAGGGGUCUCCAGCAGUCAGGGGGAGCAGAGCAAUCCGGCCCAGUCGCCCUUCUCGCCGCACACUUCGCCCCACUUGCCGGGCAUCCGCGGACCCUCGCCAUCACCCGUGGGCUCCCCCGCCAGCGUCACCCCCUCCCGCACCGGGCCGCUGUCCCCUGCUGCUGUGCCAGGCAAUCAGAUGCCUCCGCGGCCGCCCAGCGUCCAGUCAGACACCAUCAUGCACUCGUCUAUGAACCAGUCCGCCAUGGGCCAGGAGAGGGUGUACAUGCGUAACCCUCAGAUGGCUCCCUACGGGUCGCCUGGUCAACCUGGCUCCGCCUUAUCUCCACGCCAGUCUUCGGGAGGCCAGAUGCAUGCUGGGAUGGGACCAUAUCCCCAGAACAACUCCAUGGGGAACUACGGGCCUCAGGGCGGGCAGUAUGGUCCGCAAGGUUACCCCAGGCAGCCCGCUUACACCGGGAUGCCCAAUGCCAACUACCCCACCGGUCCGGCCGGCAUGAGCGGCUCCAUGAACCCCAUACCGGGUCAGGGCAGCGGGGCUCCGUACGGGGGCAUCCCGCCCGGCAGAAUAGGCCCGACGCAGAUGGGUCCUCGGCCCUUCGGUCCCGCCAUGGCCGCAAACAUGGCCGGCAUGCCUCUCCAGGUGGCGUCCGGGAUGUGUUCUCUUCCGGCCAUGAACAGGAAGGAGGGCGGCUCUUCCAUGCACCACGGGCUCACUAACUCCGUACACAACAGGCCUCCCGGCUACCCGAACAUGGCUCAGGGGAUGAUGGGAACGGGCUCUCCGUACGGCCCUGGCAUGAACAGCAUGCACGGCAUGAUGAACCAGGGAGCGCCGGGGCCUUACCCAAUGGGAGCAAAUCUAGCCAACAACACUCCUGGAAUGGCUCCCAGUUCGGAGUUUGGCGUGGAAAAAAUGAACCCGACCCAGAAGAUAAACAACAAAAUGGAGGGAACUCCCAAGCCCGAAUCCAAAAAGAAGUCGAGCUCCUCCACCAUCACCAAUGAGAAGAUCACUCGUCUCUACGAGCUCGGCCCGGAGCCGGAGCGGAAGAUGUGGGUGGAUCGGUUCCUGGCCUUCGCCGAGGAGAAGGCCAUGGGCAUGAACAACCUGCCCGCCGUCGGACGCAAGCCCCUCGAUCUCUUCCGGCUCUACGUGUCCGUCAAGGAGAUCGGCGGCCUCACACAGGUGAACAAGAACAAGAAGUGGAGGGAGCUGGCCACCAACCUGAACGUGGGCACGUCGAGCAGCGCGGCCAGCUCGCUAAAGAAACAGUACAUCCAGUGUCUGUACGCCUUCGAGUGCAAGAUCGAGCGCGGCGAGGACCCGCCCGCCGACUUCUUCAACACGGACACCAAAAAGAACCAGCCGAAGAUCCAGCCUCCCAGCCCAGCUGGUUCUGGAUCCCUGCAAGGACCGCAGACGCCCCAGUCCACCAGUAGUUCCAUGGCAGAAAGUGGAGACCUGAAGCCCCCGACCCCAGCCUCCACCCCACACACGCAAAUGCCUCCAAUGCCUGGCGCCAGCAGGAGUAGCGUCAACCUGCAGGACCCAUUUGCGGAUGGCGUUGACCCGGCGUUUUCCAGGAGGAACGCCAUGACUCCCAACUCACAGGGCUACCAGCCCGGCAUGGGGGGCCCGGAGAUGAUCGCUCGAAUGGGUCCCUACGAGUCCAACAAGGACCCCUUCGGUGGCAUGAGGAAAGCUGGAGAGCAGUUCAUGCAGCCGGGUCCCAACAGUGGGAUGGGAGAACAGUACAACCGAGGUCCACCAGGCCCUAUGGGUAACAUGCAGAUGGGCCAGAGGCAACAGUACCCAUACGGAUACGACAGACGGCCGGAGCCCGGCAUGGGCCCUGACGGCAGCAUGGGACCAGGAGGCCCUCAGCCCAACAUGAUGCCGUCCGGUGCCGAGACGGGGAUGUACUCGCCCAGCCGCCCUCCACCACAGCAACGGCAUGAAUCCUUCAGCAAUCAGUACCCUGGCCAAGGAGCUCCCCCUGGUGGCCCAUACCCAAAUCCACAGCCAGGAAUGUAUCCACAGCAGCAACCGAACUACAAGCGUCCCGUGGAUGGAGGGUAUGGUCCUCCUGCCAAGCGCCACGAGGGGGAAAUGUACAAUGUCUCCUACAGUGGUCAGCAGCAGCCUGGACCCCAGCCCUCGGGGCCCCAGGGCCAACAGGAGAUAUAUAACCAGUAUAAUGCGUAUCCUGGAGGGGACCGCAGACCACCAGGUCCACAGAACCAGUUCCCCUUCCCCUUUGGCCGGGACAGGGUGCCGCCAUCGGCGGGGCCCAACUCCCAGGCUCCGAUGCCUCCCCAAAUGAUGUCGAGCCCCAUGCCCUCGGGUCCCGAUGCCUCCCAGGGCCCAAUGUGGCAGGGUCGCAAUGAGAUGGGGUACCCCAACUAUCCAAACAGACCAGGACCUCCCGUGCCAGGUCAGGGCCCCGGCUACCACGGCAUGAACCGCUCAGAGGAGAUGAUGCCCUCGGACCAACGCAUGAACCACGAGGGUCAGUGGCCCGGCCACGUCAACCAGCGCCAGCCCCCGUUUGGCCCCGGUGGUUCCGGACCGCCCAUGACCAGACCCCUGCCGUCCACCUACCAGACUUCGCAGAACCACAUUCCUCAGGUGUCGAGCCCAACCCCGAUGCCCCGGCCCAUGGAGAGCAGGACGUCGCCCAGCAAGUCCUCCUACAUGCAUCCGGGGAUCAAGGUGCAGAAAGCCGGACCCCCGGUACCCGCCUCCCACAUCGGCCAGGCCCCGGUGCAGCAGCCCAUGAUCAGGCGAGAUGUGGCCUUCCCUCCCGGCUCGGUGGAGGCCUCCCCACCCCACCUGAAGCCUCGCAGACGGCUCACCAUGAAAGACAUUGGCACUCCCGAGGCUUGGAGAGUGAUGAUGUCGCUGAAGUCGGGCCUCCUCGCCGAGAGCACCUGGGCCUUGGACACCAUUAACAUCUUACUGUAUGACGACAAUAGCAUUACUACUUUCAACUUGUGCCAGCUGCCUGGUUUCCUGGAGCUGGUGGUGGAGUACUUCAGACGCUGCCUCAUCGAGAUCUUUGGCAUCUUAAAGGAGUACGAAGUGGGAGACCCCGGCCAGCGCACCCUCAUAGACCCCGACGCGGCCGAGGAUCUCGAGGACGAAACCCCCUUGACCGAGGGCGAGGACAUGGACGUGGACGAAGAAGACGAUGAGGACGAGGAGCCGGAGGAAACCAAGGCCAGUCCCGACACCCCCUCGCUGGUCCAGGUGAAGCAGGAGGAGGAGAGCGCUCACAAACGCACCACUUCAGAGGACGAGGACGAGGAGAAGGAAAGGGAGUCUUCUACCAAGGAACCCACCACCUCUACCUCCGGGUCCUCCCAGGACCCAAACCUCCACCCGGAGAAGCCCAGGCAGGCCAGCAAGUUCGACAAGCUCCCCAUCAAGGUGGUGCGGAAGAAGAACCCCUUCCUGGUGAACCUCUCGUCCAAGCUGGGGCAACGGCAGAGCUUCGACAGCGGCCUGACACACUGGAGCAUCGGCGGCGGCGACACCACCGAACACAUUCAGACCCACUUUGAGAGCCGGAGGGACCUCCUCAAGCAGCGCAAAUGCAAGCCCACGGCGGGCGCUGGCCGCAAGAAGUUCCAGGCGUCCGAGGCCGCGACGGAAACCGCGGAGAAGUCCAACGGGGAGAGUAAACCUCGGGGGCAGCCGUCCGAGUCUUCGGACCCUCGGAGGUCCUCGGCGGAGAAAAGCGCGCCUCCUCCCCUCCCCAUCGGCGCGCCGGUCACCGCCACCAUCGACGACGUGCUGUCGGCCCGCCCGGGCUCGGUCACGGAGGAGGUGGUCCGCGGCGGCGCGGAGGAGCAGAAGGAGAACGGCAAGUACCUGUUCAGCAUCAACCCCGACCUGCAGAGCCGACGCAACAUCAAGAUCCUGGAGGACGAGCCGCACAGCAAGGACGAGACGCCGCUCAGCACCCUGUCGGAGUGGCAGGACUCGCUGGCCCGGCGCUGCGUCUGCGUCUCCAACAUCGUGCGCAGCCUCUCGUUCGUCCCGGGCAACGACCUGGAGAUGUCGAAGCACCCGGGCCUCCUGCUGCUGCUGGGCCGCCUGGUGCUGCUCCACCACAGGCACCCCGAGCGCAAGCAGGCGCCGGUCACCUACGAGAAGGAGGAGGAGGAGGACGAGGGCGUCAGCUGCGAGAGGGACGAGUGGUGGUGGGAUUGCCUCGAGGUGCUGAGGGAAAACUGCCUCGUCACUCUGGCGAACAUCUCAGGCCAGCUGGACCUUUCCAUCUACCCGGAGAGCAUAUGCCUGCCGCUGCUGGACGGCCUGCUCCACUGGGCGGUCUGCCCCUCGGCGGAGGCCCUGGACCCCUUCCCCACGCUGGGGCCCCACGGCUCGCUUUCCCCCCAGAGACUGGUCCUCGAGACCCUCAGCAAGCUCAGCAUCCAGGACAACAACGUGGACCUCAUACUGGCGACGCCGCCGUUCCGCCGCUUGGAGAAGCUGUACGGCUCGCUGGUGCGCUUGGUCGGCGAGCGCAAGGUGGCCGUCUGCCGGGAAAUGGCCGUGGUCCUGCUGGCCAACUUGGCGCAGGGCGACGGCCUGGCGGCGCGGGCCAUCGCCGUGCAGAAGGGCAGCGUGGGUAACCUGCUGGGCUUCCUGGAGGACAGCCUAGCGGCCACGCAGUACCAGCAGGGCCAGAGCUCCCUGCUGCAGAUGCAGGGCGGACCUCAGUUCGAGCCCACCAGCGUGGACAUGAUGCGGCGGGCGGCCCGCGCCCUGCACGCCCUGGCCAAGGUGGAGGAGAACCACUCCGAGUUCACUUUGUACGAGUCGCGGCUACUGGACAUCUCGGUGUCCCCACUUAUGAACUCUCUGGUGUCCCAAGUGAUCUGUGACGUACUGUUUCUGAUUGGCCAGUCAUGACAGCCGUGGGGAGGUUUCAGCUCCGCCUCUUUCCGUUCCCUCCCCCCCUCAGCCCUUUUCUUUGUGUGCGUGCGUGUGUCUGUCGCGUGUGAGUGAAAAGAGCAAAUACUGACUUGUCCUUUUUUUUUUUUUUUUAAUUCUUUAUUUUCUUUUUGUUUUAUUUAUGCAAAAUCACCUCGGAUUCCACUGUCUUUCUACCCCUGCUUCUCACUAAAGGAAGGAAUAUCAUGAAGUAGCUGUGGAUUUUAAACGUCUGAGAUGGAAAGAUACUGACACAGAGGAGCAGAUUGGGGACCCAGGCAUAGGACAGAGCGCGCUGCCCUGCGGGGGGAAAAAAAGGACUUGUUUUUUAAUGAAAAGAAAAAUCUCCAGGAAAAAAAAAAAAAAAAGAAGAAGAAACUGUAACCAAAGUUGCUGUCUCGUUUACAGUGAGUUUGGGGGAUACGUGAGCUCGCUUUCUCCCUCCGGGGGGGGGGGGGGGGGGGAGGUGGAAAGUGGGGGUGUCGGGGUUGGCAGGGGGAAGAGGGCACGGACUAAACAAUAUUAUGGUUCAUGUUUGGAGGCUACAUAGACUCCCGGACUGUGGUGUGGUAUAGUUGCUGUAACUUUGGAUGCUAUAUACUCGGCCCCACAGGAACCACACUAUUGGCUGUGAACGGACCGUUGUCAUGGGAGGCCUGUGCAGUAGAUUGUAGGACUUUUUUUCUGUACUGUACACCUUAAAAAAACUGUAAACAUACUGUAAUAAUACUGUUUCACACUGAGAUACGCUGGCUUGGCAGCAAACUGUAGUUUUUAAAAACAGUUUUAGUUAAUGUCGAGAGAGAAAACGGCUUUCCCCCCAAAGUAUGGUGAACCUACAACACCCCGACCUCUUCUCUUUGUCCCUUGAUUGUAUGACUUGACCCUUAUAUUAAAAAGUCACCUCCUUAGGACUGGUCCUCAACUCUAGAUGCAGUCCAAGCUGCAGUGUAUAUAUGAUGUUGUACAUUACACUUUCUCUCUCUUUCUCAACUUCUGUUGCUCGUCACCAUUUUUAAUCUUUGACGAUUACAAGAUCCCCCCCACCCGCCCCACCCGCCAUCCCCCCUCCAGCAUCAAGUAGGCCAUGUGAUUACUUGACGCCUCCCUCUCCGUUACCCAGGCGCCUCGCCCUGCUCGUGUCGCUCUCCGGGGGUGUUCAGCUGCUGUCCAACGCCACCCCCAACAAACACAACUUCAAGUUUCAGUUUGUCUCCAGUCCGGGUGUAGAGAAUAUAACAAAGAUCAUUGAGCUCCUUCAUAAAUGACAAACUAGACCUUGAUGAAGAAACCCAUUUUUAUUUUGUUUAUUUUGUUUUUUUUUCCAGUGAUGCGGAUUCUGCAUAUUUGUAUUUCAGAUGAUGUAGCUAAAAACUUGAUGUAAAUUCCUCUUUUUUCCUUUUUUUUGGCUUAAUGAAUAUCAUUUAUUCAGUAUGAAAUCUUUAUACUAUAUGUUCCACGUGUUAAGAAUAAAUGUACAUUAAAUCUUCGUAA